UGACGUCACGUGUUUUGCCUUCGCGUUUCCGUCCACUAUUUUGUCCCUCCGGGUUCAUGUAGAGCCUUUUCCGGUACAGAAACGCAGCUGCUCUGUGUUAGUGGUUCUAUCUGUGAAGGUCGCGAGCCAAACCAGUGAUCAUAAUGUCUCUGCCAAAACCUAUGAUGAGGGGGCUGUUGGCAAAGCGUACGAGGAUUGUCCUGCCCAUGGCCUUUGUUUCGUGUGGAGGACUUGCACUCUUUUACAAGUACGUAGUGGGAGAGCGCAGGAAACGUACCUACGCUGAGUUCUACAAAAAUUACGACGCCACCAAAGACUUCAACGCCAUGAGGGAAGCCGGUGUCUUUGACAGCGUGCAACCCUCUGGGAAGUAAACCCCCUCUCUUCUUUCCCUCCACUCAUUCCUUUUCUGGAGAUUCUGGAGAAGUUCCUUCAUGCGCCCUUGGAUCUAUUGUUCUGAAAACAUGAACACCUCUAUGCUGUUAUGUUAAUCUAAAAUAAACUUGUAUUAAUGUAA